AUGGCGUUUCAACCCUCAUACAGUUCGUUCCACUACACCCAGGUCUCAUAUACGCGAUAUGCCACUCCAUUAAGCAGCCCACUAUCCUUUCCCACCCCGUUCGCAUCGCCGUUUAGCCAGCUGUCGUCGCUUCUCCCUGAUGCGACUUAUACGACCUACUCACUAGACUCGGAUAAGGAAGACACAGGGCAGUAUGGAAACGACGCAUACGUUUCGUUAUGGGCAAACCUCUCCUACUCCUCGUCGCCCCCGUUCACCACAACCCGCACUCCAACCCCAGUCCCUUCGAGCGAAUUAGUCUUCCCACCACCUCUGUACUACCACGUCGACAGCGACAACCAAAGCUCAAACCUGAAACUCCCACCUGACUUCGUCUGGGGCGCCUCAUCCGCCGCAUGGCAGAUCGAAGGCGCACUGCAGCUCGACGGCCGCGGGCCCGCAGCCACAGACUCGACCGGAGCCAUCCAGAGCAACGACAACCAGUCCGACGCGAACACCGCAACGAUGGCCUACUUCCUAUACAAAGAGGACAUUGCACGCCUCGCCGCGAUCGGCGUCCCGUAUUUCUCCUUCUCGAUAUCCUGGACGCGCAUCGUCCCGUUUGGCAUUGCCGACUCUCCUAUCAAUAUCCAGGGUCUAGAGCACUACGACGACGUCAUUAACACCUGUUUGGAAUACGGAAUCACGCCUAUCGUCACACUGAACCAUUUCGAUUUCCCGAUGCGUCAGUUGGACAAUCUCACCACGCUCCCUGAGAACUUCCUCUACUAUGCGAAGCACGUCAUGACCCGCUACGCAGACCGCGUCCCCUACUGGUUCACAUUCAACGAGCCCAACGUGGGCGUGGAGUACAGCUUCAACGGGUACAACGACCUCACAUCCAUCAUGGAAGCCCAUUCCGACGUCUACCACUGGUACAAGGACAAACUGAACGGCACCGGCAAAAUAUCCAUGAAAAUGGAAAAUAACCUCGCAAUCCCGCUCGACGCCGAGAACAAGACACACGUCGCAGCAGCCCGGCGAUACCAGGACUUUAUCCUCGGAAUCAUGAAUAACCCUCUUUUCCUCGCCCGCCAGGUCCCUGAAGCAGUCCUGUCCACGACAGGCGUGGAUUUCGUCCCGCUGACAGAAUCCCAUAUCUCGAAAUUCAACGGCACGAUGGAUUUCUGGGCAUUCGACCCGUAUGUCGCGCAGUUUGCGUACCCAGCUCCAGAGGAGAUUGAAGCUUGCGCGGAGGACCCAUCUAGCGCCGCCUGGCCGUACUGCGUAUCCACGACCCCGGUGCAAGACGACGGGUGGCUUGCAGGGCAUGCAGGGAGUGCGUAUUCCGCCCUAGCGCCACAGUAUGUCCGGCAGCAGCUCAAGUAUGUCUGGGAUACGUUCCGGCCGGCUGGUGGGGUGAUGGUGUGUGAAUUUGGGUUUAACCCGUUUGGCGAGGCGGAGAGGGCGGGCGAUGCGCAGCGGUUUGACCUGGAGCGGACCUUAUACUACCAGGGGUUCCUGGGUGAGAUGCUCAAGGCUGUGCGUGAGGACGGGGUGCGGGUUAUUGGGGCGUUGGCGUGGAGUUAUGUGGAUGUAUCUUUUAGGAGGAGGUUUAAGAGGAGUUUUUUUGACUAUGUGGAUUUUUUUCAGAGACAUCUGGGAGAUUAG